AUGGAGCGCCACCAGCUCCGCAAGAUGGCGCAUUCGGAGAUUCGAGGACUAGAACUCGCGAGCACGAUCGCUGCACAUCAACCGCUUGACAUUAUCCGACAGAUACCAAAGAGGAUGAUGAACGAAGUCCCAGCGAUGCAAUAUCCUCCUGUAACUGAGCACUGGGUGAACCCGCCUGCCUGUAACGCUCAGUCCUACGCUGGCCAAUAUGCCUACUCAAAUGGGCCCUUCAAAAUGGAAAAUCAAGAAUCGAUCUCCACGAAUAUUUUCGGAAACGUUCGCUACCAGCCGGGAUACGAUACUUUUCAUAGCAAUUCAAGAAUUUCGACGAUGGUUCCACCCGACGGUUUGGUCAAAGUGGAGCCCAAUACAAUGCAUCCAACACCUAUGCAGCCAAAGUACAAUCCCAUGUCGCACGGAGAGGAUCGUAAUCGACCAAUGAGGCAACAUUUGUACAAAUGCGACUUGUGCAAUAAAAGCUUUACGAAAAAGCCCACUCUCAAGCUUCAUAUGAGAACUCAUACGGGUGAACGACCCUACAAUUGCGCCGUGUGCUCGAAACGAUUCACUCAGAAACAAAGCGUUAAAAUUCACAUGAGAAUCCACACCGGCGAAAAACCUUUUAAAUGCGGCACCUGCACCUACACUGCGCGCACGAAGGGAAACCUCGAUAAUCACAUGAGAAAGCACACUGGCGAAAGACCUUUUACUUGCAAAAUAUGUCUAAAAAGCUACACCCAAAAGUCCUCGCUCAACACGCAUAUCAAGACCGUUCACAGCGAAAAUGCGAAUGAACCGAAACGCGAUAACAAGGAAAGACCUUUUCAAUGCACAAUUUGCCACAAAAAGUACACGCAAAAGUCCUCGCUCAACACGCACAUCCGCGCGAUUCACAGCACUCUCCCUCUCUCCACUCGCCAAGCUCCCGACCAGUUGCCAGCAGCUUCAUCUCAUCCAACAUCAAGCUCAUCCACCUCCCUUAGUCCCUCUUCAAUUUCAACUGCCAGUAUUUCCGCAGCUCGAGCCGCUCAAGUCGAGCAAUCUCUUCAGCAGCACCAUCGGGCCUCGCUAUCGCACAUUCGCUCGCCUCAGCAUUCAUUCCAGUCCUACUCUCCGACGUCUUCAUCUUCUCCAGCCAAAAUGCCAGUCGCGACGGUCACUGAAAUCGAGAAGAAUAAAGCCGUAGCGGUUGUGGAAAAAGAAAAUAAUGAGAAAACACAAAGAAAUUUGGAGGACUAUCAAGAAGUUCUCAACGAGCUGGAGCUUCAAAGAGCGCUGGAAGAGGCAAAAACUGGAGGGAUAAUCAAGCGUCCUGAAAACACAGAAAUCGCACUCGUCGACACCCAACUCCCAGCUUUUUACUCGCCAGAAACGACGUUCAGAAUAAUGGGAAGCAAAAAAUACGACGAGAAGAUCAAAAAACGCGUCAUACUCCGCAAGCUUCUGAAAUGGACGAUUCCGAGUAUAAGUUUGCUUUCUUCGCCACUGUGGAUCGAAAAAUACUUCUGUCUCGUGAACGAACUCUUGGGAAGGUCGAUUCUUGGCUCUCUCGUGCUGGAAAACGUCGCAGCUGCUCAUUUUCAGCUCGUGGCUGGCGCCGUUUUAUCCGCCCCUUUUUUGGCCUUCUUGAUAAAACCAAGCGUGGAUUUUCCGAGAUAUUUAAUCAGUGGAAUUUAUGUGACUGCUGAUCGCUCGCUUUCAAUCAAAUGCUACCACGCUCGUGGAUUGAGUACAGAGAAAAAGUUCGUCUCCGUCCUCGAUUCUAGCGCCGUGAUGGCUGAUUAUUCCGACAUAAGCUCGAGCCGUGGCCUUCCACUCAUUGUCAUCGACGAUAAUGCAAGCCAAACUCAGAACCCAUUGCUGAAUUUCUUCCGCAAAAGAAAGUUAAAAUCGACGAUAAAUCGAAAUUUCCACCACAUCGAAAACUACCUCCUCGCGCCGCCAAAAUCCUUCGAAGACAUUCGCGAAUACCAACUUUCAAAAAAUACUUUAGCGCCUUUGGCGGAGAAGCAAAUAGAAAAUGUCUUCGUUGCGAUGAAAAGAAAAGACGGGAGUUUAAAUCCGAUUCGUUUGGAAUUCGCCGAUUCUUACUUCAAUAUUCCGCUUCAUCCGAGAAUCGACAGUUUGAAAAAUCUGCCACUUCUUUAUUUCCAACUUUUUUCAAUAGAAACGCUCAAAGCGAGCGCGCUAAAAAGAGACCUCGCGAGGAAACAUUUAUAA